UACUGCGAGGUCGGGCUCAGCCGGGUGCCCGGGUGCCCGGGAGCCGGGAGUCAGCUUGCCAACCGCGGUCCCCGCCGCCCCUCCGCGCGGAGAUGAAGUACAUCGUGGGCAUCGGAGGCAUGACCAAUGGCGGCAAGACCACACUGACCAACAGCCUCCUCAAGGCACUGCCCAACUGCUGUGUGAUCCACCAGGAUGACUUCUUCAAGCCCCAAGAUCAAAUAGCAGUUGGGGAGGACGGCUUCAAACAGUGGGACGUGCUGGAGUCCCUGGACAUGGAGGCCAUGCUGAGCACCGUGCGGGCAUGGGUGAGCAGCCCCCGGAAGUUCGCCCGCGCCCACGGGGUCAACGUCCAGCUGGACGCCUCGGACACCCACAUCCUCAUUCUGGAAGGCUUCCUGCUCUACAGCUACAAGCCCCUGGUGGACGUGUAUAGCCGACGGUACUUCCUGACCGUCCCGUACGAAGAGUGCAAGUGGAGGAGGAGUACGCGAAGCUACACAGUCCCCGAUCCCCCCGGCCUCUUCGACGGCCACGUGUGGCCUAUGUACCAGAAGUAUAAGCGGGAGAUGGAGGCCGACGGCGUGGAAGUGGUGUACCUGGACGGCAUGAAGUCCCGCGAGGAGCUCUUCCACCAAGUCCUGGAAGACAUUCAGAACUCGCUUCUGAACCGCUCCUAGGCGCGGCUGGAGAGAGGGGCCCAGCCCCCACUGCAGGGACCCACACACAAUGCUGGCCACAGGACGGCCAUGCUGGCGGCAUCACAGCCAGACACUGCGUGACCAUUUCCCUUUGGGGACGUCUGUACAUAUGAGAGUGGAGGCCCCACUCACAGCCCAGCAUCUCGGCACCCGGGCAUCCCGCCCAAGAUGCGUCUGUAACCUCGACGGCGGCUUAUGUAUUAAACCUGAUCCUGUUUUUUA